UUUCUGUAUAGGUUUGCGUGAUUAUUAAAUAAAAAAUGGCUGAACUUGUUUUACUUACUCUGGUGCGAUUAUUAUUGCCAUUUACUUUAAUAUUUGCUACUUUGGCACGUCCUGUUGGCAUAUCCUUGGUGUAUCUAUCGAUGUUCAUGGUGUCACCUUGGCUAUUGCAAGCUAAAGUGAAGUCGCAUCGGGCAUUGUUGAACAUCUGCUUGUUAAUUUCACUAAUAUUGGGUGGAUUGUUUUCGGUUGGACAUUUGGCACUAAACUUUACAAAUUUAAUAUACGAUUAUUUGACGAUGCAUGCGGUCGUUGCAACUACUUUACGGCAAAUUGGAUUCGUUCGUUUUACUAGGUUACGCGCAAUUGCAAUUUUACAUUGGAUUUUACCAGACAUGAUGGUCGCAAUUGUUGCUGUUGUCGUACUUAUUUUUAUGAAAAUUUCGGAUAAAUUCAAAACUUCACAUACAGCCAAAACACGGAGCACUGAAAACCUACAGCAUUCUGAGGUGAAUCGACUGCUGAUAAUUGAGUAUAUAAGAUCGGUACUGAAAACAUCUCCAAUUUUUGCCCUGGUUGCUCUCUUCUUUGCCGCCACUAUAAGACCAUCCUUGCCGGGAAUCUUAUAUUUUAUGAUAUUCAUAGUGACUGGCACAUAUUGGGCGCUAAAUCGGCAUUAUAGCGGUGGCUUGCAGUUUCCGUUAAUGAUUGUUGGUACAGUUUUAUCACUGCAUAUAAUUUGUUAUUGCUUUUAUCAGCUGCCAAUAAUACAUCGCUUUUUGGAUGAAGAAUCGUUUUGGGCAAGAGCAAUGGCUUUCGAAAUUCCAUUAAAAAUGUACUAUCGAAAUAAGAACGGCGAUAUUUUAAAAUUUAGUGAUGAAUUAAAAUUCGAUUCAUACAUCAGUCCGGUUGCAGUGAUGUGUGCCUAUUUCCUAGUAAUAUUGAAAAUCCUUCAGCAUCGCCAAUACCACACUGUAUUCAGCCAAUUGAAAAUGAAAAUUACACAUCCAUCAGAAAGUACUCAAAAUUCUGAAAAUGGCCGGAAUGAACCAUCAACAUUAGAACAGUUCUUCUAUAUGAUUUCUGACGGGACUUCGUUCAUCUAUAAGAACAGCUAUAUAUUGCUGAACGUCAUAAUGAUGAUCUGGUCCAUCAUUUAUCACAGCUGGCUAACAUUUGUACUGCUAAUCUGGGCAAAUGUGCUGUGGAUGAUUCCAAAUCAACGACGUUCUAUGAUGCGAUCUAGUUUCUUUGUUGUGUUGUAUGCCGAUUUUCUCAUUAUUGCACAGUAUAUAUAUGGCCUGAACUUGAAUGAUAGCGAGUUGCCUACUAAGAUAAGUGGAAUAAAUCUACAACAAAUUGGAUUUUCACAUCCGUAUAAUGAUGGAAUACAGCCCUGCUUCCCGCUGUUUGUCAAAACAUCAUUCCUUCUUAUUUUCUGGAUAACGUCUCAUCAAUAUUUUAAAGAGAAAGCUGAUCAAAAGGUUCAUAAUGAUGUUCUAAUGCAAUUUUUUGGAGUUUCAUUUUUACGUUCGGAUAACACAUUGUUCGAAAAGUCGCGGGCACAUCGUGCAUUCAUAUUUAUCGUUGAGAGUGUUUCAAAUUUAAUAACACGCAUGUGGAUGUGGCUGUUAAUAUUUUUAAUAUUUCUCUGCGCGAUGAUCGAUAAAGUGAUGACUGGAUUUCGAAUUUGCUAUAUGUCUCUAUUCCUGCUCUUUCUAAUGGCCUUUCAGAUGUCGCUACAUCUUUGGAUUAAGUUUCUAUAUGGGUAUUGGAUGUUCGUCAUUUUCUACGCAAUGACUAUACUAACUAUAAUUUAUACAUAUCAAUUCGAUUAUUUUGAUUACUAUUGGGAGAACUUUCUCCAUGUUAAGACUCAACUGCAAAGCGAUAUAGGGCUUCGACGAUACCGUACAAAAGAGUUAUUUCUACACUUGCUAGUGCCGACAUUGACAGUUAUCUUUACGGUCGUUCAACUUCAUUAUUUCCAUCAUCGUUUCAUGGCCUCAGUACGAAAUCCUUCGGGAGGAAGAAAACAGUUCUCGCAUUUUCAAUUUAAUCCUACAAUUGGAAGUCACCUUAAAUCGGGUCAGCGCAAACGCACCUGGAUAAGAAUCUUGUCGAUUUGGGGAAGAAAAUUGCGCGCCACAUAUUUCCGUUGGUUCCGACCCAGCAAAAUAUUUGCGUGGCGAUUUCUUGAGAUGCACAUGAUCAAGGCGGUGACAUUGGCUGCCUUUGUGUGCGCUAUUGCAGAGGUUUGCUGUUUUAAUCUCAUUUUUGUCAUAUUGGUAUUACUGAGUAUUUGCUGGAGUCCCUUAAUGCGACGAGUCAUUUUUCGCAUUAUCACAUUUUGGACUUCUGUGCUCAUCCUGAUGAAAAUGAUCUACCAAAUCAAAUACUUGGACGAGUCACAUUAUGAAUACAAUUGUAAUAACGUUACAGUCAAUUUCGCUGAUUGGAUGGGUCUGCGUAAAACCGAUCAAAAGUGGGGCUCACUAUUACGGUACCUUGCACCUUAUAUCGUAUACUUGAUCGUCACAACAUUGCAUGCAGUUGUCAAAUUGCGUGAUCACUUAAUACGACUCUCACUGGGCGAGGUAAGGGAUCCAUCGAUUCUCUUUCCUCAUACAUCGCGACAAGAUGCAGAACGUAAUUUUUCGGGUCUAUUGAAAUACCUCUUAAAUUAUGGCUACUUUAAGUUUGGAUUGGAAAUAACGUUCAUCGCCUUGGUGUCUUCAAUUGCACACAGGCGUGAUGUGUUGGCAGUUACCUAUGUGAUUUGGCUAAUAAUUUUGCUCUGCCUGAAUAGAAUGCAAUGCGCUCGCAUCUGGUAUAUAUUCCAACUAUAUUUCGUAGUCUCGAUAUUUGUGCAGUACUUGCAUCUUAUACACUUCCCUCCAAAUCUGUGCAUUGCUGUGGAUGUGCAAAGUAUCAACGAUACCAGACCAUUAGAGGAUAUCUUUAACUCUGUCAGGUCCAAACUGAUGUUGGACUUCAUUGUACUGAUGCUAAUAUCAAGGCAACGCAGAGCAUUCAAGGCAGAAUUGCAUCAAAUGAAUAAUUUCGUAUAUCCCGGAGGCGAUAAUAGAAAUAUUGUCCAUAAUAUUGCCAAGCUAGGACACGUUUACUUUAAGAAUCCCACUCAUGACUUUUGCUCCUUUGUGCGCAAUUAUUCGGAUGUCUUCAAGACAGUCGUGUUCUGUAGCUUCCUUUGGAUUACAUUGGCAAUUGUGUUUAUGGGCGGCGUUUGUAGCAUGGAUAUGCUUUCCUUAGGUUACCUUGUAUUUGCUUUAGUGUUUCUACUGCAAGGCUCCGAAGUGUAUUUGGACAACAUCCAUUACAUUAUCUGGCGCUGGAAUUUAUUGAUUGCUUUCAAUGUCUUUAAUAUUGCGCUUAAAGUAUGCAUCAUUGUGUUUGGCAAGAUGUUCGCCAUCACACACAAGCAGGAUUAUCAAAGCUUAUUCGCGGUUAUGGAAUACGAUAAAACCGUGCCGCAGCCUGAAGUCGACAAGCAGCAGGAAGAAAACGAAGGAUACUAUUAUGGUCCCAACAGUUUGAUAUUUGAGAACAUGUUGGUGUGGCAUGCAAUCAUCUUUGCUUUCGUCAUCUUCCAGAAUCGCAUAUUUCGAUCCUACUAUUUCUGUCAUAUCAUUAAUGACACGCAAGCUAACACGGUAUUGGCCUCACGUGGUGCCAUUAUUAUAGAGAAUUUGCACUAUAAGCAAAUUUACGAUCGUCGCGAGUACGAAAAGAAGGUACUCGAAAAAGUCAAGGCAAAGAUGGAGCAGAUCAGAGCCAAUAACGUGAAAAAUUUCAUAAAAAUACGUGCCAGGAAGGCGCAAUCGAGUGCUACCACACAGGAAGAAAUUGAACCCAAGAACGAAAAAACGCAGACUCCAGGCCUAUUGGCACAAUUCAGAUUUUCUAAUAUACGUACAGCAGCACCAAAGCGCAGAGAUUUGCGUCUCCAUCCUCAUGCAGUGCGUUCCGGAGAUUAUUACAUGUUCGACGACCAAGAGGAUGCCGACGAACCCAUCGUGAAUGAAGAGUACGAUUUUCUGGAAAAAGAAGAAAUGCACAACCGUCAAAUGCUGGCAGCCAGAAAGAAGAACAAAGGCACUGAUAAGGCCAGCGGAUAUAGCUCGGAUUCAGAGAUUGAUUUCGAUACUCAUCCAGUGGUUAAACUAACGAAUGAACUUGUAAUGCUAACUACGGUUCGAUUAAAUCGGUUGUCCCGUAAUUACCGAUUCGUACACAAGGUUUUGUCGGCCGAAAAGAAGACUUUGCAGGACAUAAGCACAAUGAAUCGUUUGGGAUUAGUCAAUACGGCAGCGAUGUUUAGUUUCUUAAAUCAAUCGCUCUACGAAAAGCAAUUAGAUCCCAUCAAUGCUCCAUCCGGAGAAUCGACUAUUAAGCUUAUGUCGAAGAGAGAAGAUUUCACAACCCUCGAUCACAAUCAAUUUGUACAGUUGUUGAUUUCAUUGUAUUAUGCAAUUAUUGCCAAUACCGAGGUGGUUAGCUACUUGACAGUGUUUGUAAAUCAGGCGGCCAACUCCUCAAUUAUAUCACUCCCAAUGGCAUUCCUUGUGCUCUACUGGGGAGCUCUAACAUUGCCUCGUCCCACAAAGACAUUCUGGGUUACCCUCAUCACGUAUACCCUGGCAAUGAUAUUACUCAAGUGUAUCUUGCAUCAGAAAAUCGUGCUAGACUACAAGCUUAUUAAAUUGGCUAUGACAAUGGACUUUGAGCUAUUCAUAAAGCAUGGCAAGGCAGUUUACGAUCUUUUGCUGUUGGUUGUUCUUUUCUGGCAUCGCUAUAUGUUAAAGAAACAGGGCAUCUGGAACAUUCCGACGCCUGACACGGAUCCAUUACCACGCACUACUCAAGAUGGCAAAGCAUUUGGCAAGGAAAGACCUGGCGAGGUUAUGAAGCGCUUAAGGGAAGAGUCUGGAGCCGACCCUGAAGAUUCAGCCAAUAUUGAUAGCAAGGAGUUUGAACGUGACAUGGAUGAUUUAUUGCGACCUGGAAUUGAUAAAUAUGCUUCGGCAAACAUUGAAUCGGUCUACUACCGCACAACAAUGAGAAGUUUAGAACAUAAGGGCGGUCUUUUGUCUGGUAUCAAGAAAUUCUUUCUAGCGUUACUUCACAAGGCACGGCUAUCAACAGACGUAUAUACUUUGAUAUUCCUAUGUGAUUUUAUUAAUUUCUUUGUGCUACUUUUUGGAUUUCCCAAGUUUGUGUAUCGGCGAAAAUAUAAUACAAGCGUGCUGGAAACCUAUAUACGGGGCAAUAAGGUGCCCUUCUGUUUUCUGUUUAUGCUCGUCGUGCAAUUCGCCACCAUUGUAGCAGAACGUGCCAUUUACUUGCGAAAAGCGCUGGUUGUCAAGAUCGUUUUUCAUUUCUUUACGGUUAUUGGCGUACACAUUUGGAUGUUCUUCUUGGUGCCCUAUGUGACUGCUCAGAGUUUCGGAGCAUCUGCGCCAGUUAUUUUCUAUUUGAUCAAAUGCCUCCACAUGCUGUUAUCGGCAUAUCAAAUACGUUGCGGCUACCCAAGGCGAAUCUUAGGAAAUGUCUUUACGAAAAGCUACUCGAUGGUUAACUAUGUUGCUUUUAAAGUCUAUAUGGAAAUACCAUUUUUGUACAUAUUGCGGACAAGUCUCGAUUGGUUGUGCAUUGAUACGACACUAACGGUCAUGGAAUGGAUUAAAAUGGAAGACAUAUUUCAAUCGGUGUUUAUUGUGCGAUGCUAUCGGCAAAUGGAUUCUGAUUUUCCAGUGAUGCGGGGAGAACCAAAAGCAUUCUAUGCCAAAUGUUUGAUAGGUGGUACGAUUAUUUUAGUUUUGAUUACGUUUAUUUGGAGUCCCCUAUUUAUAUUUGCGCUCGUUGGAACUGUUGGCAAAGCAAACGUCCCUCGUCGAGCAGAUAUAUCGGUUACAAUUGGUCAUUAUGAACCAAUUUACGUUUCACAGAGCAUUUCGGGCAUUCAUCAGUUUUCCAAUAGAGACUAUAAUGAUCUUGUUAAAAGCUUCGAUCGCGAUAUUUAUGCCACCGAUCAUAUAAUGUCUUAUAAUGCUGCUGAUAUUACGGCAGUGAAAUUUGAUGCCAACUCGGUGACGUUGUGGAAUAUGUCGCCGCCUGAUAAAAACCGGUUAUUGAAUGACUUAAAAACAGGCAAAAAAGUGGACAUUCGAUUUCGAUUGUCGUUCAACUCUGGCGUAACGUCGGAUACUAUAGUGCACGAGACAACCUACACAUUGACCAAGGACAUGGAAACGACUCGCGAAAUGUUAAUCAAACAACUGUCCGAAGACAAUAGCAAUGCCAAAGUUAUUGUGCCCGAUAUAUUACCUAAAUUUAUAACAGUAGAAAAGAAAGAGGUCUUUGUAAAGUUCAUCAAAGAUUACGAUGGCUAUCACAAUCGCCCAAUAAUAUUGCAAAAGAAACAAGCCGAAGGAAAAAUGUGGUGGGAAGCGCGCGAUUAUUGCGACGACAAGUUCUAUAGGAAUAUUUUAUCGAAUCUUCCACUCUCUAAUUGUGAUGGAGGCAUUGUCUUUUAUAUUUUUAGCGAUAAGUCAUUUCCCUCAACGAUGAGUUUCGUAGAGAAAACUGGCAUUAUUGGACUGUAUACUACUUGUGUGUACGUUGUUUCUCGUAUUAUUCGAUCACUUAUCGCCAACAAUCAUCGCCGAAUAAUGUUUGAAGACUUGCCUUAUGUUGAUCGAAUACUGAAAUUGUGCAACGACAUUUAUUUGGUGCGGGAGACUAAAGAAUAUCGUUUAGAAGAAGACUUGUAUGGAAAACUGCUAUUUCUCUAUAGAUCCCCCGAAACGCUUAUUAAAUGGACUCGCUUCAAGGAUGAUUUGGCAGAUUCUGGCUCAGAAGCUGAACAUCGUGGUCGUGAUAGAUUUCAAGGCGCUCCAAGCGAGCCUUCAGAGGAUGACGAACAACGUAGACAACAGCGACCAAAUACUCCGCCUCCUCCUUAAAUAUUUACUAUUUUAUCUUUAUUUAGAGCUGAAGAGCAUAUAAUAAUAAUUAUAAAAUGAAAAACACGAUUUAAAUAUCGUUUAAAACACGAUUUAAAUAAAAGUUGAGGUAAUACCUCUAUUGUU